AUGCCUCUUGGUAUUAUUGACGCGAAACUUGGAAAGGAUGCAGUUCUUACAGGGACCGUUCAUCUUGUCAGAACAUCUAGUACAAAUGAUUCAGACCACGACGCCCCAAGCCGGGGUAGCAUUCUCGAAAGAACUAUUUACAUGGGAGUUGACACGGUCUUGGUCCCUCAACCAUCCUUGAACGAUCCAAAUGACCCAUUGCUCUGGACCAACUGGCAGAAGGAAGCGGCUUUUUGGGUUAUCUUUUUCAACACCAUCAUCUUCGCUUCGCUUCCUGGUCCCAUGCUUAGCCCGGCCACGUUUGCCCUUGCCCCCAUCCUUGGCGUAAGCAUCACAAAAGUUGCUGAGUUGUCUGGUUACCAUCUCCUCGUUGUUGCGGCUAUAGGGCCCUUGGUUUCGAUCCUUGCCCAGAAGUAUGGAAAACGCCCGCAGUUUCUCUUCGCCGCCAUUGCCGGAACCCUCGGCACCGCAGUCUGUAUAGCAGGGUCUCAAAGGUCCCAGUAUAACACAAUAUUCGCUGGUCGUAUGAUUCAAGGACUGGGUGCUACCGCUUGGGAGAGUUUAGCGCUUGCGGCAAUUGGGGAUUUAUUCUAUCUUCAUGAGCGCGGCUGGAGGAUUGCCAUGGUGGUCGCCUCGUCAGCUUGCACUGUUUCGAUGACAUCAAUUGUCAGCGGAUUCAUGGCAGAGCGCCUUGGUUACAAGGUCCUGUUCAUCGCCGAACUGCCAUUCAACCUCGCGGGGCUCAUCAUGACAGUUGCUUUGCUCCCUGAAAUGCAGUUCAAACGACCAGCUGUUACCCAGCAAGAUAUAGCUUCGAGUUCUCAAUCCAACAGCGACGCGGAGACUACGGCCGUCAAAGGGCAUCUCGACAUCGACAUCACAGCAGCCAAGAACACCAUCGCCGAGACUGAUAAGAACAUCAUUCGUUUGCUAGCUGAACUCUUCGUCAACUUCAUUAACCCAGCUGUGCUUUGGAUUCUGACCGUCAGUGCGGUUCUCAAUGCUUGCUUUGUGGCAUCCAGCUACAUUCUAUCUCAGAUCUGGUCGAUGCCACCUUACAACCUCAACAUUGAGCAAAAUGGCUUUUUCUGGGCUGGCGCACUGAUUGGCGGUUUGUUUGCCAUUCCUGUUGGCUCACUCUGCGACUGGUCUGCGAUGAUCAUGUCGAAAUGGAAUGGCGGCGUCUAUGAGGCAGAAUUCCGGAUCCCUGUCAACAUACUUGGUGCCGCCCUGAGUGGGCUCGGUUGGUUCCUGCUCAUGUGGGUGGUCGAUCACCCCUCUACGAACGGGUACUUCCUAGGGGCUUUCUGCUUAGGUUGUAUGGCUUUUAGUAUUUCGGUCCCCUCGACUUCUGCUGGGCUUUAUAUCUUGGACACAUUCACACAACGAUCCAGCGAGAUUUUCAUUGUACAAAUGAUGCUUAAGAACUUCUUGUUUUAUUCUUUUUCAAUAUUCAUCAAUACGUGGACUACUGAAGCUGGGCCUGGGACUGUCUUUAUGGUCCUAGGAACUGUCUCCCUCGGGCUUUUCACCACCUGCAUUCCUAUGUACAUAUUUGGAAAGUUGAAUAGAAGAUGGAUAACCAGUCUCUAUGCCAAACACCACUUCCUCCGGGGACUUGCCGCAUAG